AUGGCGAAGCCUGUUGUUAUUGGACCUAACGGUCUUGCCCCAGUUUCUAUCGAGCGACAGGCCAAUUUUCGGCUUACCACCAAAGUCAUCUACGACGUCAUCUCCAGUUGCAAGAUGAUCAGCCUGGAGGAGAGCAUUCAUGCUCCGCAUGCCGUACGUAACAAAGCUCGUAAAAACCGCCUUGCCGACGUGAAGACGGUGUCGGCUCAGCUGACUACUCGUCGCGCUCAGCUUGGUGACUCUGAUGGCUUGCCUAACCUUUAUGGUACAAAGGGUAUUCAAAAGGCUAUGCCUCUCGGAAAGGAGAACAAGUCUGCUACUGCCCCUGCCCCCGCUGCUGCUGCCGCGCAGAAGAAUCAUGGAAUUGACCCACGUGCCGAACCUUUCGUUCCUGUUGCUGCCGAGUCUGCUGGGCCUAAGGACGAAGUCGCUCAUGUGCCUCUGAAUAGUACUCCCCGAAAGGCCACUACUGGACCCAAGAAAGAUGCUGGACUCCGUGACACCGCCGAUGAUGUUUUCAUCAAGGACCUCGCCGCUAAGCACAAAAAGGCUGUCGGUACUCCCACCAAGGCUGGCGCUGGAAGCAAUGAUGCAGGCAACGAGUUCACUGCUGGUUCCAAGGCAUCUCAGAAGGCCGAGUCCAUCGGAGAUGAGGAGUCUACUGGCUCAUCCAAGCCCCGAGGUGUUACUGCCCCAGCCGAUUUUAUGAAGCAAGUCCGGCUGCUUCACUUGCAGAAGAAGGCGGCACCCAAGGUCGUUCCUACUGGACCUCCCCGUCGCAUUGUGUUCGGAAACCUUCCAGAGUGGGCUAAUAUUUCCGGAAUUCUGCACCUUGUCUACGGUGGUGCUAUUGAGCGCGCGUGGAGCGAGAAUGGUGAAGUCAUCGUGCAGUUUGUUGAGCAAGACGACUGCAUCAAAUAUUAUGAGAACCACUCUGAUGGAAUCAAGGUGAAUGAUGGUGAUGGCGAACUCACUAUUUCGGUUACUAUGCCUGAGAAGGGUUUGCAGGACAACGCUGAGCUUUCGAAGCGUGUCGAAGAGGGUGCGUCGCGUGUUGUUUCUCUCUCUGGUCUUCCCACUGGCUUCAAGACUAGCGACAACGAAGAGAUCUUGGGCAUUGCCGCCGACCCUGCCUGGAGUAGCAAGGGCUUUGAUCACAUUCUGAUCAAGCAGGCUAAGUCUGGUAUUGAUGUCUACAUCUUCUUCUAUGACCUCCAUGGAGGUUGGGACUUCCUGCAAAGCAUCAAAGAGGGAGCAUACGACUGCAUUGCCAGCUUCGAAGCUGACCCAUGCGCUCGUGCUGAGGGAUUCCACUUUGUUGAUGAGCCCAACCAGAUGCUGUCUAACAUCAUCAUGGAGUAG